AUGAGCCUCACCGCGGCGGCAACCAGAGAGAUCGUCUUCGACGUGGAAGGCUACGCCACCACCAAGCGGAUGGCCGCCGGCGGCCGCCGCUACUUCCAGUCGGACAAGUUCGCCGUCGGCGGCUACGAGUGGGCCAUCCGCUACUGCCCCGAUCGUGGCGGCGUCUACGUGUCCGUCACCCUCGUGCUCCUCAGCGAGCUCAUCAAGGACGGCGACGACGCCGGGCAGGAGGUCGGCGUCAGGUUCGCGUGCGCGCUGCAGGACAGGCACGGCGAGCUGUCGUCGGAGAGCUGGAGGAGCGAGUCGUAUGUAUUCUCGGUCUGUGGCCAGGAGAGGGGCUUCUGGAAGUACGCCACGCUCGAUGUCCUGGAGGACCCCGAUUUCAUUGUGGGCGACUGCUUCACUCUGGCCUGCACCGUGUCUGUUCUUCGGAAGCCGAUUCUGCGGGCGUGCACUACUAAAAAAACACAGGCCAAAAAUUCCGACCAAAAGUACCAGUUGUUUUUUCAACCAAUGCUAAUGUGA